AUGUAUAAAAAAUCUAAUGACAUAUCAUUUGGACAUUUGCUAAAAAAUUUGGGCAUUUGGGUCAACAUAUUGAUCACUAUUAAUGCCGGUGCCAUCAUUGGCUUUAAUACUACAACACUGGAACUACAUCUACAUGCUAUAGCUAAACUAAAGGCAUGGAUGGUUGGCCUGAUAUUUUUGAGCGCCGGUAUUGCAUUAAUUUCUAGCAAUUAUCUAUGGGAAUGGUUAGCCCAUAGUCUAGUCAAAAACAAACUGUUCAUCAGUAUGGCCGGUUGUAUUGUUUUAUUGAUCGGACUGACCAUUAUUGGUCCCAUACCUAUAAUUGACAUUAAGCCUCAACUAUAUUUGGUAAUAAUAGCACAGGUAUUAUUGGGUUUGGGUAUCAGUGCCCUACUAGUGGGCACAUUUACCCAUGGUACUAAAGAGCUAAUUAACUGUGGUUAUCCUCAAACACCUGCUAUAACGGCAUUAUUAUCAACAAUAUUGACAACAUUUGAAGCUUUUGGUGAUGCAGCUGGAUCAAUUUUUGGUGGCUAUCUAUUUGAUGAAUUUAGCUAUGGUGAUUCAUCAUUUCUAUAUUUUGGCAUGCAACUUGUCUUGGUAAAUUAA